AUGACCCUAGCUGGAGCCUGUCGCCGCCGGCGAGCACCGCGACCCCAUCUCCCUCUCUUCGUCCUCGUCCUCCUAAUCUUCUCCACUCCAAUCCCACGCGCUUCGGCGCUCCGCGUCCCGCUGCGCCAGGCAGCCACCCUCGUCUCCCUCUCCCAUUCGCUCCUCUCCCGCGUCGCCGCCACACGUGCCGCCCGUGGGGACGCCGCGGCGGCCGCACGCGCCCGGCGAAUCGCUUCCCUGCUGUCGUCCCGUGGCGCGUGGGGACUCGGCUGGGACUACCUCCGCCACUACGCCUUCUCAUCGGCCACCGGAUGCGGCCUCUCCUGCGCGGCCGCCGCCUCUCGUCUCAUCGCCGCUGCCGCGGAGGCCUCGCGCCUACGUUCCGCAACUGACGCUGCGCAGUGGAUGCGCCGCCACUACGGCGACAUCCGCGACGCCGCCGCGCAGCUCCUGAACGGCCUUCUCCUCGCCUUCUCCGAAGAGGGGCCAUUGAGAGAUGUGGUCAUGGAUGUUAAGUGGGAAGUGGAGGAAGGGGAAUUGCUGAAGGAUUGCCUGGAAGUGGGAGCUAAGGACUUACAGGGUUUGCUUGUCAUUGCCAAAGAUCUCUUCGCUGGUGUUUCAAGGACUUUUACGCCGCAUAGUGAGCUCUGA